GGGCUGGGCUAAGCUGGUUGAUGGAGUAUGGCAUUGGCAAUAAUGAAGUUAUGUUAUAUGAAGAAUCCAUGCAAGACAAAGCGUAAGUGGGCCAGUUACUAUGAUUUGCAAUUUCCUAAACCUUGUUUUAGGUUGGAAGGUCAACCGGGGGCACUAAUAAGUGCUUUUUAAAAUACUGGGUGCUGAGCAAAAUUUCCCAGUCUCCAGUAGAGAGCUUAUAAAUUCCCUCAUCCCAGUGUGGAGCUGUUGCAAUUGAGCAAAUCAAAAAGCAGUUGAGGCUACAGAUCAUAUUAGGGCAAAUGAGGUGGUUGUGUCCGCAAACCCUUGAUCAGGACCAAAAAAGCCGCCUUACAUGCUAUUCUUGGUUUGACAGCUGGUAUUUCAGAGUGUGUCGGACACAGUAGGCAACUCUAAAAUGGCAGGGCUUUUGGCACUAAGGGGUCAUGGCAGGGCAGCCACCUCAGGCAGCACCAGCAAGCGCCAGGUACCCGGCUCUGCAAAUCUCAGUAACUUGCAGCCGUCUCCAGGCUCCUGGCCCGGUCGCUGCUCAAUGUGGCUUCCCUGCUAGCGCUGGCGCGAGUCUUCGCGCCGGCGGUCAGAUUGCAGUUCCCAGACCUCUCCCCGCGGUGGGGUUACUGGAAGGCACCACACCGCUGCUCUACAGAGCUUCCCUCCAUCCUCUGCUUUCUGGAGCAAAGGGGCCCGCGGCUAAUCUUUCAGGAGUUAAAAAGAGUCCGAGUUUCUCUGGGACUUGAGAGAAAGACUCCAGGGUCAGUCCUGAAAUACGCCGGAGGGUGGGGGGAGACAGGACAAACUAAAGGAUCUAAGACAAUGCAAUGCGACCUUGCAGACUUUUCAGUUGGGAAAGCAGGAUAAGGAACCAGGGGAAUCGAUGAGGCCUGGGGGGGACCCCGCACUACCCCUGGGUCGCGCUAGGUCGGCCCUCUGCAUCGAGCCACCGCUCCUCUAACUUGCCACUAACUCACGUGUUCUCGGCGUGGCGGGGAUUAAAAAUGUAAGGGAAAAAAAAUUGCUUGCGGAACGGGACAGAAUGUUCUCAAAGCUUACUUUAGGGGGAAAAAAGAAGUGAAAUGCAGAUUGUACUUUUUUUUCCUUAGUGCAGAGACGAAUUUUAUUUCCGCCCCCUCCCCUGCACAUUCCUGACCUCUCCCUCCCCCUUCCCUCUUUCUUCCUUCCUCCUCUUCCAAGUUCUGGGAUUUUUCAGCCUUGCUUGGCUUUGGCCAAAAGCACAAAAAAGGCGUUUUCGGAAGCGGCUCGGCCGUGCACAAGGGCCAUUUGUUUGUUUUGGGACUCGGGGCAGGAAAUCUUGCCCGGCCUGAGUCACGGCGGCUCCUUCAAGGAAACGUCAGUGUUCUCCGGUCCCUCUCGCCGCCGCGCGCCCGGCCGCCGCGGCCCAUGGGGGAGAUGCAAGGCGCGCUGGCCAGGGCCCGGCUCGAGUCCCUGCUCCGGCCCCGCCACAAAAAGAGGGCCGAGGCGCAGAAAAGGAGCGAGUCCUUCCUGCUGACGGGCCUGGCUUUUAUGAAGCAGAGGAGGAUGGGCCUGAACGACUUUAUUCAGAAGAUUGCCAAUAACUCCUAUGCGUGCAAACACCCUGAAGUUCAGUCCAUUUUGAAAAUCUCCCAACCUCAGGAGCCUGAGCUUAUGAAUGCCAACCCUUCUCCUCCACCAAGUCCUUCUCAGCAAAUCAACCUUGGUCCAUCAUCCAAUCCUCACGCUAAACCAUCUGACUUUCACUUCUUGAAAGUGAUUGGGAAGGGCAGUUUUGGAAAGGUUCUUCUAGCAAGACACAAAGCAGAAGAAGCAUUCUAUGCAGUCAAAGUUUUACAGAAGAAGGCGAUCCUGAAAAAGAAAGAGGAAAAGCAUAUUAUGUCGGAGCGGAAUGUUCUACUGAAGAAUGUGAAACACCCUUUCCUGGUGGGCCUUCACUUCUCUUUCCAGACUGCUGACAAGUUGUACUUUGUCCUAGACUACAUAAACGGUGGAGAGCUGUUCUACCAUCUCCAGAGGGAGCGUUGCUUCCUGGAACCACGGGCUCGUUUCUAUGCUGCCGAAAUAGCCAGUGCCUUGGGUUACCUGCACUCUUUGAACAUCGUUUAUAGAGACUUAAAACCAGAGAAUAUUUUGCUAGAUUCACAGGGACACAUUGUCCUUACUGACUUUGGACUCUGCAAGGAGAACAUUGAGCACAAUGGCACGACAUCUACCUUCUGUGGCACACCUGAGUAUCUUGCACCUGAGGUGCUUCAUAAGCAGCCUUAUGACAGGACCGUGGACUGGUGGUGCCUGGGAGCCGUCUUAUAUGAGAUGCUGUAUGGCCUGCCUCCUUUUUAUAGCCGAAACACAGCUGAAAUGUAUGACAACAUUCUGAACAAGCCCCUCCAGUUGAAGCCAAAUAUUACAAAUUCUGCAAGACACCUCCUGGAGUGCCUUCUGCAGAAGGACAGGACAAAGCGGCUGGGUGCCAAGGACGACUUUAUGGAGAUUAAGAAUCAUGUCUUCUUCUCCCUAAUUAACUGGGAUGAUCUCAUUAAUAAGAAGAUUACCCCCCCUUUUAACCCAAAUGUGAGUGGGCCCAACGACCUGCGGCACUUUGACCCUGAGUUCACCGAAGAGCCGGUCCCCAACUCCAUCGGCAGGUCUCCCGACAGCAUCCUCCUCACAGCCAGUGUCAAGGAAGCCGCCGAGGCCUUCCUAGGCUUUUCCUAUGCACCUCCCAUGGACUCUUUCCUCUGAACAGUCUUAGGGGUGGUUGUGAAGGAUGUUAUGUGUGUUCCUAAACGUUUUAGUUAGUAUUUUGGCGGAGCUGCCAGCUGAUAGGACAUUUUAAGAGAGAAUUUGCACAUCUCUGGAAGCUUGCACAUCUUGGCAGUCUUACUGCACACUGGUUGCUGGAAGCUUUUCAAAGAGCACAUCCUCCUCUCAGUGAGCUCAUGAGGUUUUCACUUUUAUUCUUCCUUCCAACGUGGUGCUAUCUCUGAAAUGGGCGUUAGAGCGCCGCCUUAGAUGCUAUAGCCUGUUAGAGGGAUGACGCUGUCCUCAGAAGGAUCUGCUGAAGGUCUGUCUGUCCAGGCCGUGAUAACGAAUUUUAUGAAAUGUGCCUUUUCUAACGAGAUUGUGUUAGCUCCAAAGCUUUUCCUAUUGCAAAUUGUUCCAGUUCUUGAUUUCUCCUUAUGGGUUUUCUGUAUGAACAGUGGUAUGAGUGCGGUAUGCUUGAUCACAGGUAGAUUUAGUUAUAAGCAUCAAUGUGACACUUGCAGGACACUACAAUGUGGGACAUUGUUUGUUUCUUCCAUAUUUGGAAGAUAAAUUUAUGUGUAGACUGGGUUUUUUUUGUAAGAUAUAGUUAAUAACUAAAAUUUAUUGAAAAUGGUCUUGCAAUGACUUGUAUUCAGAUGCUUAACGAAAGCAUUGCUGCUACAAAUAUUUCUAUUUUUAGAAAGGGUUUUUAUGGACCAAUGCCCCAGUUGUCGGUCAAAGCCUGUUGUUUUCAUUGUUUAAAAUGUCACCUGUAAAAUGGGCAUUAUUUAUGGGUUUUAUUUUGCAUUCCUGAUAAUUGUAUGUAUUGUAUAAAGAAAGUCUGUACAUUGGGUUAUAACACUAGUAUAUUUAAACUUAGAGGUGUAUUUGUAAUGUAAACCACCAUUUUAGUACUGUAAUUAACAUGGUUAUAAUAUGUACAAUUCUCCCCCUUCCCCACCACACAAUUUUUUGUGUGUAUGUAAUAAACCAACUUUGGUUUGCAAUAAAACCUUGAAAAAUAUUUA